GCAGGUUCCUCACUCUGAGGACAAGGUUCCUCACUCUGACUACAAGGUUUCUCACACUGAGGACAAGGUUCCUCACUCUGAGAACAAGGUCCCUCACUUUGAGGAAAAAGGCUCCUCACACUGAGGACAAGGUUCCUCGCACUGAGGACAAAGUUCCUCCCUCUGAGAAUAAGGUUCGUCCCUCUGAGGCAAGUUUCAUCACUUUGAGGAGAAGGUUCCUUACACUGAGGACAAGGUUCCUCACUCUGAGAACAAGGUUCCUGACCCUGAGGACAACGUUCCUCAUUCUGACGACAAGGUUCUUCACACUGAGAACAAGGUUCCUCACUCUGAGAACAAGGUUACGCACUUUGAGGAAAAAGGCUCCUCACACUGAGAACAAGGUUCCUCACACUGAGGACAAAGUUGCUCUCUCUGAGAACAAGCUUCCUCUCUCUGAGGACAAGGUUCAUCACUCUGAGGACAAGGUUCCUCACACUGAGAACAAGUUUCCUCACUCUGAGAACAAGGUUACUCACUCCGAGCACAAGGUUCCUCAUUCUGAGGACAAGGUUCCUCACUCUGAGGACAAGGUUCCUCACUCUGAAGGCAGGUUCCUCACUAUAAAAACGAUGUUCCUCACUCUGAGGGCAAGGUUCCUCACUCUGAGCAGGAUUUACCUCACUCUGAGGACAAUGUUCCACACUCUGAGGACAAGGUUCCUCACUCUGAAGUCAGGUUCCUCACACUGAGGACAAGGUUCCUCACUCUGAGUACAAGGUUCCUCACUCUGAGGACAAGGUUCCUCACCCUGAGGACAAGGUGUCACACUCUGAGGACAAGGUUCCUCAUUCUGAAGUCAGGUUCCUCACACUGGGGACAAGGUUCCUCACCCUGAGGACAAGGUUCCUCGCUCUGAAGGCAGGUUCCUCACUCUAAGGACAAGGUUCCUCACUCUCAGGACAAGGUUCCUCACUCUGAAGGCAGGUUCCUCACUCUGAGGACAAGGUUCCUCACUCUGACUACAAGGUUCCUCACACUGAGGACAAGGUUCCUCACUCUGAGAACAAAGUUCCUCACUUUGAGGAAAAAGGCUCCUCACACUGCGGACAAGUUUCAUCACACUGAGGACAAAGUUUCUCACUCUGAGAACAAGGUUCGUCCCUCUGAGGCAAGUUUCAUCACUUUGAGGACAAGGUUCCUUACACUGAGGACAAGGUUCCUCACUCUGAGAACAAGGUUCCUCACUCUGAGGACAACGUUCCUCAUUCUGACGACAAUGUUCCUCUCACUGAGAACAAGGUUCCUCACUCUGAGAACAAGGUUACUCACUUUGAGGAAAAAGGCUCCUCGCACUGAGGACAAGGUUCCUCACACUGAGGACAAAGUUACUCUCUCUGAGAACAAGGUUCCUCACUCUGAGGAAAGGUUCAUCACUCUGAGGACAAGGUUCCUCUCACUCAGAACAAGUUUCCUCACUCUGAGAACAAGGUUACUCACUCCGAGGACAAGGUUCCUCAUUCUGAGCCAAGGUUCCUCACUCUGAGGACAAGGUUCCUCACUCUGAAGGCAGGUUCCUCACAGUAAAAACAAUGUUCCUGAAUCUGAGGGCAAGGUUCUUCACUCUGAGCAGAAUUUUCCUCACUCUGAGGACAAUGUUCCACACUCUGAGGACAAGGUUCCUCACUGUGAAGUCAGGAUCCUCACACUGAGGACAAGGUUCCUCACUCUGAGUACAAAGUUCCUCGCUCUGAAGGCAGGUUCCACACUCUGAGGACAAGGUUCCACGCUCUGAGGACAAGGUUCCACACUCUGAGAACAAGGUCCUCACUCUGAAGUCAGGUUCCUCACAUUGGGGACAAGGUUUCUCACUCAGAGAACAAGGAUCCUCUAUCUGAAGGCACGUUCCUAAGUCUGGGAACAAGGUUCCUCACUCCGAGGACAAGGUACCUCAGUCUGAAGGCAAAUUUCUCACACUGAGGACGAGGUUCCUCACUCUGAGAGCAAGGUUCCUCACUCUGAGGAGAAGGUUCCUUACUCUGAGGACAAAGUUCCUCACUCUGAGGACAAGGUUCCUCACUCUGAGGACAAGGUUCCUCACUCUGAGGACAACGUUCCUCAUUCUGACGACAAGGUUCCUCACAGAGAGAACAAGGUUCCUCACUCUGAGAACAAGGUUACUUACUUUGAGGAAAAAGGCUCCUCACACUGAGGACAAGGUUCCUCACACUGCGGACAAAGUUACUCUCUCUGAGAACAAGGUUCCUCACUCUGAGGACAAGGUUCAUCACUCUGAGGACAAAGUUCCUCUCACUGAGAACAAGUUUCCUCACUCUGAGAACAAGGUUUCGCACUCCGAGGACAAGGUUCCUCAUUCUGAGGAGAAGGUUCCUCACUGUGAGGACAAGGUUCCUCACUCUGAAGGCAGGUUCCUCACAGUAAAAACAAUGUUCCUCACCUGAGGGCAAGGUUCCUCGCUCUGAGCACAAUUUUCCUCACUCUGAGGACAAGGUUCCGCACUCUGAGGACAAGGUUCCUCACUCUGAAGUCAGGAUCCUCACACUGAGGACAAGGUUCCUCACUCUGAAUACAAAGUUCCUCACUCUGAAGGCAGGUUCCACACUCUGAAGACAAGGUUCCACACUCUGAGAACAAGGUCCUCACUCUGAAGUCAGGUUCCUCACAUUGGGGACAAGGUUCCUCACUCUGAGGACAAGGAUCCUCUAUCUGAAGGCACGUUCCUAAGUCUGAGGACAAGGUUCCUCACUCCGAGGACAAGGUACCUCACUCUGAAGGCAAAUUACUCACACUGAGGACGAGGUUCCUCACUCUGAGGACAAGGUUCCUAACUCUGAGGAGAAGGUUCCUCACUAUGACGACAAAGUUCCUCACUCUGAGGACAAGGUUCCUCACCCUGAGGACAAGGUUCCUCACUCUGUGGACAAGGUUCCUCACUCUGCGGAAUGUGUUCCUCACUCUGAGGACAAGGUUUCUCACUGUGAGGAGAAGGUUCCUCACUCGGACGACAUGGUUCCUCAUUCUGAGGACAAGGUUCGUCACUAUGAGGAACAGGUUCCUCACUCUGAGGACAAGGUUCCUAACUCUGAGACAAGGUUCCUCCCUCUCAGGACAAGAUUUCUCACUCGGAUGGCAGGUUCCUCACUCUGAGGACAAGGUUCCUCACUCUGAGGACAAGGUGCCAGACUCUGAGGACAAGGUUCCUCAUUCUGAAGUCAGGUUUCUCACCCUGAAGACCAAGUUCCUCACUCGGAGGACAAGGUUCUUCACUCUGAGGACAAGGUUCGUCACUCUGAGGACAAGGUUCCUCAUCCUAAGACAAGGUUCCUCACGCUGAGGACAAGGUUCCUCACUCUGAGGACAAGGUUCCUCGCUCUGAAGGCACGUUCCUCACACUGAGAAUAAGGUUCCUCACCCUGAGUAGAAGGUUCCUCACUCUGAGCACAAGGUUCCCCAUACUGAGGACAAAGUUCCUCACUCUGAGGACAAGGAUCCUCACUCUGAGGACAAGGUUCCUUACUCUGAUGACAAGGUUCCUCACUCUGAGGAAAAUGUUCCUCACUCUGAGGACAAGGUCCCUCAAUCUGAGGACAAGGUCCCUCACUGUGAGGACAAAGUUCCUCACUCUGAGGACAAGGUUCCUCAUCCUAAGACAAGGUUCCUCACUCUGAGGACAAGGUUCCUCACUCUGAGGACAAGGUUCCUCAAUCUGAAGGCAGGUUCCUCACACUGAGGACAAGGUUCCUCACCCUGAGUACAAGGUUCCUCACUUUGAGCACAAGGUUCCCCACACUGAGGACAAGGUGCCUCACGCUCAGGACAAGGUUCCUCACUCUGAGGACAAGGGUCCUCGCACUGAGGAAAAGGUUUCUCACUCGGAGAACAAGUUUCCUCACUCCGAGGACAAGGUUCCUCACUCUGAGAACAAGGUUUCUCACACUGAGGACGAGUUUCCUCACUCUGAGGACAAGGUUUCUCACACUGAGGACAAGGUUCCUCACAUUGAGAACAAGGUUCCACACUCUGAGGACAAGGUUCCUGACUCUGAGGAAAAGGUUCCUCACUCUGAGGACAAGGUUCCUCACUCUGAGGACAAGGUUCCUCACUCUGAAGGCAGGUUCCUCACACUGAGGACAAUGUUCCUCACCCUGAGUACAACGUUCCUAACACUGAGCUCAAGGUUUCUCACACUGAGGACAAGGUUCUUCACUCUCAGGACAAGGUUCCUCACUCUGAAGGCAGGUUACUCACACUGAGGACGAGUGUCCUCACUCUGAGGACAAGGUUUCUCACACUGAGGACAGGUUCCUUACAUUGAGGACAAGGUUCCUCACUCCGAGGACAAGAUUCCUCACUUUGAGGACAAGGUUCCUCACUCUGAGGACAAGGUUCCCCACUCUGAGGACAAGGUUCCUCACUCUGAGGGCAAGGUUCCUCACCCUGAGGACAAGUUUCGUCCCUCUGAUGACGAGGUUUCUCACUCUGAGGACAAGGUUCAUCACUCCGAGGACAAGGUUGCUCAUUGUCAGGACAAGGUUCCUCACUCUGAGGGAAAGGUUACUCACUCUCAGGAGAAGGCUUCUCACUCUGAGGACAAGGUUGCUCACUCUAAGGACAAGGUGCCACACACUGAGGACAAGGUUCCUCAUGCUGAAGUCAGGUUCUUCACACUGAGGACAAGGUACCACACUUUGAGGACAAGGUUCCUCACUCUGAGGACAACGUUCCUCCCUCUCAGGACAAGGUUGCUCACUCCGAAGGCAGGUUCCUCGCUCUGAGGACAAGGUUCCUCACUCUGCCUACAAGGUUCCUCACACUGUGGACAAGGUUCCUCACUCUGAGGACAAAGGUUCCUCACAUUGAGGACAAAGUUGCUCUCUCUCAGAAAAAGGUUCCUCACUCUGAGGACAAGUUUCAUCACUCUGAGGACAAAGUUCCUCACACUGAGAACAAGGUUCCUCACUCUGAGAACAAGGUUACUCACUCUGAGGACAAGGUUCCUCAUUCUGAGGACAAGGUUCCUCACUCUGAGGGCAAGGUUCCUCACUCUGACCACAAUUUUCCUCACUCUGACGACAAGGUUCCUCACUCUGAGGACAAGGUACCUCACUCUGAAGGCAAAUUCCUUACAUUGAGGACGAGGUUCCUCACUCUGAGGACAAGGUUCCUCACUCUAAGGAGAAGGUUCCUCACUCUGAGGACAAAGUUCCUCAGUCUGAGGACAAGGUCCCUCACUCUGAGGAGAAGGUUCCUCACUCUGGGGACAAGGUUCCACACUCUGCGGAAUGUGUUCCUCACUCUGAGGACAAAGUUUCUCACUCUGAGGACAAGGUUCCUCACUCUGAGGACAAGGUUCCUCACUCUGAGGACAAGGUUCCUCACUAUGAGGACAAGGUUCCUCACUCUGAAGGCAGGUUCCUCACACUGAGGACAAUGUUCCUCACCCUGAGUACAACGUUCCUAACACUGAGCUCAAGGUUCCUCACACUGAGGACAAGGUUCCUCACUCUCAGGACAAGGUUCCUCACUCUCAGGACAAGGUUCCUCACUCUCAGGACAAGGUUCCUCACUCUGAAGGCAGGUUACUCACACUGCGGACGAGUUUUCUCACUAUGAGGACAAGGUUUCUCACACUGAGGACAAGGUUCCUCACAUUGAGCACAAGGUUCCUCACUCCGAGGACAAGAUUCCUCACUCUGAGGACAAGGUUCCUCACUCUGAGGACAAAGUUCCCCAAUCUGAGGGCAAGGUUUCUGACUCUGAGGACAAGUUUCGUCCCCCUGAUGACGAGGUUUCUCACUCUGAGGACCAGGUUCGUCACUCCGAGGACAAGGUUGCUCAUUCUCAGGAUAAGGUUCCUCACUCUGAGCGCAAGGUUACUCACUCUGAGGACAAGGCUUCUCACUCUGAGGACAAGGUUCCUCACUCUAAGGACAAGGUGCCACACACAAAGGACAAGGUUCCUCAUUCUGAAGUCAGGUUCUUCACACUGAGGACAAGGUACCUCACUUUGAGGACAAGGUUCCUCACUCUGAGGACAAGGUUCCUCCCACUCAGGACAAGGUUGCUCACUCCGAAGGCAGGUUCCUCACUCUGAGGACAAGGUUCCUCACUCUGCCUACAAGGUUCCUCACACUGUGGACAAGGUUCCUCACUCUGAGGACAAAGGUUCCUCACCCUGAGAACAAAGUUGCUGUCUUUCAGAAAAAGGUUCCUCACUCUGAGGACAAGUUUCAUCACUCUGAGGACAAGAUUCUUCACUCUGAGGACAAGGUUCCCCACUCUGAGGACAAAGUUCCUCACCCUGAGGGCAAGGUUCCGCACCCUGAGGACAAGUUUCGUCCCUCUGGUGACGAGGUUUCUCACUUUGAGGACAAGGUUCGUCACUCCGAGGACAAGGUUGCUCAUUCUCAGGACAAGGUUCCUCACUCUGAGGGAAAGGUUACUCACUCUGAGGAGAAGGCUUCUCACUCUGAGGACAAGGUUCCUGACUCUAAGGACAAGGUGCCACACACUGAGGACAAAGUUCCUCAUUCUGAAGUCAGGUUCUUCACACUGAAGACAAGGUACCUCACUUUGAGGACAAGGUUCCUCACUCUGAGGACAAAGUUCUUCCCUCUCAGGACAAGGUUGCUCACUCCGAAGGCAGGUUCCUCACUCUGAGGACAAAGUUCCUCAGUCUGAGGACAAGGUUCCUCACUCGGAGGACAAGGUUCCUCACUCUGAGGACAAGGUGCCACACUCUGAGGACAAGGUUCCUCAUUCUGAAGUCAGGUUCCUCACACUGAGGACAAGGUUCCUCACCCUGAGGACAAGGUUCCUCACUCUGAAAGCAGGUUCCUCACUCUGAGGACAAGGUUCCUCACCCUGAGGACAAGGUUACUCACUCUGAGGACAAGGUUGCACACCAUGAGGACAAGGUUCCUCAUUCUGAUGGCAGGUUCCUCACUCUGAGGACAAGGUUCCACACUCUCAGGACAAGGUUUUUCACUCUGACCACAACGUCCGUAACACUGAGGACAAGGUUCCUCGCUGUGAGAACAAGCUUUCUCACUUUGAGGACAAAGGCUGCUCACACUGAGGACAAGGUUCCUCGCACUGAGGACAAAGUUCCUCCCUCUGAGAAUAAGGUUCGUCCCUCUGAGGCAAGUUUCAUCACUUUGAGGAGAAGGUUCCUUACACUGAGGACAAGGUUCCUCACUCUGAGAACAAGGUUCCUGACCCUGAGGACAACGUUCCUCAUUCUGACGACAAGGUUCUUCACACUGAGAACAAGGUUCCUCACUCUGAGAACAAGGUUACGCACUUUGAGGAAAAAGGCUCCUCACACUGAGGACAAGGUUCCUCACACUGAGGACAAAGUUGCUCUCUCUGAGAACAAUCUUCCUCUCUCUGAGGACAAGGUUCAUCACUCUGAGGACAAGGUUCCUCACACUGAGAACAAGUUUCCUCACUCUGAGAACAAGGUUACUCACUCCGAGCACAAGGUUCCUCAUUCUGAGGACAAGGUUCCUCACUCUGAGGACAAG